AUGACACCUUCGGUAGUUGCCAUGAACCUCAAACUCAACCCGUCUCCUGACAAAUCGUCUAAAGUAACAGAAUACAUGAAGGAAAAUUCUGAUUCUGAGACCCAUGAUGAACCUGGUGACCCUGUUAGAAAAUUUAUUGAUGAGGAUGCUGAAGAGGAAGAUGACAGCGACAAUGAUUUACUUCGAUUUGAGGAUGAGGAUGAUGACGAAGAUGAAGAAGAUGAUGAUCUCAGGGAUAUGAUUGUCAGUCAAUUUAAGGAAGAUCCAACUGAUAAAGAUAGACGUAAUGAACUGCAUCAGAAGUGGCUCGAGCAACAAGAUGCUGCAGGGACAGAGAAACUCUUACAGAAGCUACAACGUGGUUUGCAACAGGAUGAAACAUUAUUGUCUGAAGAUGAAGAUGACGAUGAUGAAGAGAGGGCUGAAGAUGCUGAUGAUGAAGAAGUGCAAAAACCUAACGUCAAUGAAGAUGAAAAUGAAGAUGAAGAAGAUCCGAGUCAUGCAAAUUCCAUGCGAAUGACGAUAAAGAAAAUAAAGGAAAUGAUCCCUUUGAUGUUCACAGAUGAAGAUGAUGUUUAUGUGUCAUCUGACGAUGAGGAAAUGGAAAAGAAGCUUCUGCAACAGAGAUUACUCAGGAAAAUGGAGCUAAAGUCCAAGUCUUCACCAUCUCUUGGGGAUGAAAACUCUGAGGAAAUUCUUCGCCACAUCAAGAAGCCUGAGAUCAAGAAGAAAGCAAAAACUUCUUCUUAUAAAGAGAGGGCACUCAUGGGAAUGAACAAAAACCCUGCGGCAUCCAAGUCAUCAUUCUUGGGUAGACUUACAAAGAGUUCCAUAUCAGAAGGAUCUCGCAAGCGCGGUUUAAACGUUGUACGUGGCUACAUAUUCGAACGUGAUGACAGUAACACCAAAAGCUCAAACUCAGUGUCAGAAGAACCUUCAGCUCCGGAGACGAUUAUUCAAGAAAAAAGCAGACCAAAAAGAGCUCCGGCAAAAUUCACUGCCUCACAGUCACAAGAAAAAUCAUCAACAUUACAGGCGACAACGGUGGUGGAGGAGACGAGCACGAGGCAACGAGCAACCUUGUACGAGAUUCUAAAGAUGUCUUCAAAGAAAACUUGCUUCAAUUCACGCGAGACAGUGAUAAGCAGCGACCACACUGAGUCUAUAUUUGCUGCUUUCAAAUUGGAUAAAAAACCAGUUAAGACGAAUCCACAAGAGAAGAGAUGAAACCAGUUAAAACAAAAGGAUAAAGAGAACAGUGGCAAUGUGUUUUGGAGGAAUUUAGACGUUGUUUGUUGUGAUGAAAGACCAAGUUGAUGAUGUGUGGCCACCGCCAAAAACGGCGUAGGACCGCGUGUUUUGGCAUUUUCCUGAUCAGAUUCAGUCUCGAUUCUCAAGUACAUAGGUUGGUUGCUGUUAACUAAAGAGAUUUUUGUGGGAGAUAAGGUCGUCCAUCGUAGUCAUUCGAAUCGACUUAUUAUUGAAAGUUUGUUUUAUAUAUAUAUUCAAUGUUUUACGAUACACUAAUUCUUUUAAAGUGGAUACAAAGUUAUUGAAGAAACCCUUUCUCAAAAGGAAAUCGCAAACAGUUUUUAU